GCGAGCCACUGCUUUCGGGGACGAGAGGGAAGGAGGAACACGAUCUUGGAGCGCCCGCACCAUCUGCGGCGCAUUCCCGGGAAGUAGACCCCGGUAAAUUUGCUGUUGUGGAGGGAGAGCAAGCGCCGGUGGUGGUUGCGGCGCAGGACGACGAAGAGGGCGAGCAGCGCGUUGUGUUACUAGGUCCAGAAGAGCCGUCUGCUAGCGGAGCAGCGGCUUGUGCGGGGGUGGAGAUCCCGCCUCCUAAGGUGACCGAUCUGGCUGCGGGAGGGGCGCAGCAAGGAGAACUUGUUUCAGCACCUUUACCCCCAGAAGUCCAGGACGAGGAGAGCGGGAUGAUGACGAGAGCGAGCGUCAUUCCAACAGCCGAACAAGGAGAAAGAGCGUCAGCAGUUUUGGCAGCAGAGGAAAAAACGGGAGUCAAAGCCGAGCGCGCCAAUAAGCGGCAACAGGCCGCUGCCGAGGCGGUAGCCGUGAACGAAAGGGCAUAGGCCAAGGCCGAAAGGGCGGCAGCGCGAAAGGCGGCGGCGGAAGCAGGGAAAGCGGAGGAAAAUGCGGAGAAGGAGACCGCGCCCAGGAUGGGACAUGACAGCGCCCCCGCCACCAGCACACCGAAGGCUGGUGCCUCAGAUGGCGCUACAGUGGCAGGCGACGCUAUGGCGGGAAAGCGAUCGCAGAUUGAGAGCGAGCCGACCGUCGAGCCCGCGACGGUGCGCACGAAGCUGCAAAUAUUCACGGAGAGCGGCGAGCCGCGGUCUGCGUAUUUCGUGUAAAAACUACGUCUCCCGUCGCCCUGAAUGAUCUUGCGCUUUACAUGCAUUUGGAGCGCAUAGUACGACUACGAUCACGAUCUUCGUGAAUCGCAUUUAUAUCGAUCUUUGUCCUCCUCUGCCCCCAGGAAAAAAGUUUCUGUAUACACUAAGUAGCCACAUUCCCUCUUUGUUCGGGUUCUCACUAGCAGACCACGCACCUGUUCUAGACACGUUUUUUGAGGGGACCGACUGAAUAAGUAUGCAUGUUGACCGAGAAGAUGACAGGUAUGGAUUUGGGAUGAAUAGUUUCACGUUUUUGCACAGGAUACCGCUGGGCUGGAGUUCACCAAAGAGUUCACGGUAAGAAGCGUCGAACCCGGCGGGCAAGCGCAGCAGCUGGGCAUUCAAGUCGGAUGGCAGAUGGUGGAGUUCGCGGGCGCUGCAGUCGCUGACAGCAAAUUCAAGCUGAAGCGUGUGAAAAAAACCCUGGUGGUAUCCCUUGCGAAAAAAACCACUGACACCCCCGAGGACGGCACAUUGAUGAUUGUCCAUACCGCGUCUUUGCUACUUGCUAAGUGGUACUCCCACAGCAAACGCAUCAUGUUCUUUCAUGGCUCCGUCCUGUCUUCUUGCAGCUGUUGCAAACACGAAAAGUAGGAAAACCCGCAAAGGUCUCAGUUUUUUGUAGUAGCGAGACAUGUUAUUGCGAAGGUUUUUCAUUUGCAAUACGAAUACACAUUCAUAAGUACUUCGCUCAGACGAGGACCUGGAGGCCGAGCGUGUCUCAGUCGGGGUAGCUACAUGAAAGAAUGACUCAUCGCAUCGUCCCUGCGCGACUGCACGUCCGGUCGACAAUAGUGCUCCGGGGGGGUGAGGUUGUACCAAUUUUCAGGUUGAGAACUCGAGGCCGGCGCAAGGGAGUACGAGAUCGUGUGGAGAAAGAGUACAAGUGCUUGACAUCCUCGCGCAUCUUGGACCAGGCCGGAAGUUUUGCGCGCUCGUCCUCUGUGCGACGCUCAAAGUCCAGAGUUCUCUUGAAUUUGAAUGUUUUCGAUCGGUCUCGGAAAAUAGGACCAGACAAGGUAUCUGGCGGGGUGCUUUCUUCUAGGAGCCUCUGUCAUUUUGAACCGCAUUUCUCGUUCUCGUAUCUGCCUCAUUUUUGAAACGAGCACCCGC